GCAGCAGUCAAUCACACCCGCCACCGCGGUCGCGGGUACCUCUCUCCGCACUGUCAACUACGGGCCUGCGAUGGCGCGAUGACAGCACUCAGCAUCCGCCACUGCUUUCCCCAGGACACCCACAAAUUUGCCGAAGACGUCCGUUGGAGGGGACAUCACGCUCACAUCACCUGCAGGUUUUCAUUUAGACGGCGGUGGUUAUCGACGCUGGGCCGAGGAUGCGAACGCUCGCGCGGCUGUCCAACUUGCUUUCAGGCCACGCCGGCCUGCGCAGGUAGGGAGGGCGACAGCCGCUUCCGACAGAGGGUCUGCCGACCUCGUGUUCUGUCAUUCGCACUCGCCGUGGCGUCCUCUCAUGCGCCCUGGCCACCGCGCGACAGCGCGAGGACCCGUGGCGAUCGUUGGCUGGCCCUGGCGGGAAUGACCUCUGGUUAGCAGGCCGGUAGCUGCGAGACUAUCAAGUAGGACCGCCACGAUGCCUCAUAGGAAGAGGAAGGACGCCGGAUCGAAAGUUUCCUUACACGCGAGAAGGCAAUGCUACGGGCUGCGGUGCGCGUGUUCCUUUACGUAGCAGACGGCGUGGUUUUGGGUUUUCUUAGCGAAAGGGCCCGAGCGUAACCUCUUGCGCCGUCUUAGUCACUCGGCCGCCCAACUUUGUCAGUCUUCGAACGAGGCUUCGCGACGGCUCCAACGGCACUCUUCCCUAUCGCCUUCUGCCUUGCCGAGUCAUUGCAAAGCCCUGACUUCCUGGCGGUAAUGACCACUCGCCGAGCGCGGUAUGUCGAGAACUCUUCAUAAGUCGCGUUCGCAACAUGCGGCUACCGCCAGCCCGUCCACAGUUCGCCUACCGCGUGUUCCAUCUCCCGACGGGUCUAAACUCUAUUCCCCGUGCCCACUCGUCGUCUCUGGAUCCCGCGCUGUGGACGGCCCCCUCCAGGACCGCAGUGAACUCUCGUGGGCUGUUCCGUCUGCUGGGGUCUCUCGUCACAGCAGGCGCUCUCGUAUCUCCAGCCCCCCCUUCUCCCGAGCGGGGUCGGCCUUCGCACUGGGCGCCUUCCAAAAGAACAUCACCGCGGUCUAUCAGCCACCAGCCCGAGCGCGCGCGUUGACGCUUCGCCCGCUGGUCAGACGUUCGUCUUGUCGCCGACACAGCGAAGUCACACCACCCCAGGCGGUCAUCUGUCAUAACUCCGGCGACUCCUGCGGUCUCUCUCGGCGGGGAAGCCGGUCAGGGCCGUCCUUACGGUAUCGACGGCCAAACACCCGCAAAGCAACUGGACGACCACGAUGGUAUGCCCAUGGACGGCCGAUUUGGGGCCCUCCGACGAAGCUCGUUUGACUUUUGCAUUGCUCACGAGGUCGAAGGCUUCGUAACUCGGUGCGUCACUGGUUCUACUCGCGCGCGCCACUGUUGAUCCUCCGCCUUGCGAUCGAGGGGGCGCUGGUUCUUCCAGUUUGGCGUCGACGUGGGAUAUGGCGCGAGAGUGGUAGUGGAGGCGCAGUUGCCGCGAAGAUGUACCAGCGACCGGGAUGUUGACGGCGUUGACGUCUAUGAACAACAGCCUCGGACGGGCCCGAUCAAUACAU